AUGCUCUAUAUUGUCACGUGGGUGGCUUCAUCUCCACUGCCUCAACAGAGAUCAGUCCAGAGAAGACUAAGAAGGAUGACUCCCUUCUGGAAAGGUGUUUCCCUCAGGCCCAUAGGGGCAUCCUGUCGUGAUGACUCUGAAUGUAUCACAAGACUAUGCAGGAAAAGACGUUGUUCACUCAAUAUGAUCCAAGAAUAAUAUAUUUACUGAAGAAAAGAGAAGAAAGCAGCUACAUCCAACAAUGCUCCGUUCUAUGGAAUAUUGGUUAUUAGCUGUAUAUCUUACUGAAGAUAUCUGUGAAGCUUUUACUAUUUAAUAUUUAAAGGUAGAUGCAUAC